AUGAAGAGGAGCAAGAAAACUUACAUCACCUUCACUAUCCAGCAUGAAAGCCAAUCUAAAGAAUUUAAACUAUCUACGCAAUCUAUUAAACAUGAAAUACAGAGCAAUUUGACACUCCUUUUUGGCCAAUUCGCCUAUUUGCGUAUGUCCAAGGAAUUCAACAUUUUGUACUAUAACACUAUGACUAAUUAUGGGAUUAUACAAGUAAAUAACGAUUUCUACCAGGAAAUACUAUGCUGUAUCGUUGUUAUUAGGAAUUUGGCAAAACACAAUGUAAGAGUGGAUGUGAUACACAUUGGUAGGACGCUCAAAAAAUGUAAGUGGAUUCUUGUAAAUAACUACUUGGAUUCAUUGGAGAAGGGUGUGAUAUACCAAAAGAUUUGUGGUACUCCUGCUGGGGAUUGCGUCGAUUCUGCCAUAGAAACACUAAAGUCCAUAUCGUUGUUACCCCACUAA